UUGGUUCGACGUUUGGCACGCGCGGGGCGGGCGAUUUUUGCCGCGCUCCACUGCCUGGGACCCGGCUGAGGGGCCGGGCCGGGAGUAGGGUCCACGCCUCCCGGCUUGCCUCUCUCCAGGCUGCCUCUUGGACCCUCUUCCGCCCUCCGGUCAACCCUGGCUACCCUCCUGCCCCGCUCCGAAGGGCCAGCCCCAUCCAGCCGGGUCCCCGCCGCCCGCGUCUCGCUUCCCCGCCCAGGGCCGCGCCUCUAGCAGCCGCUCCGCCCACCCCGCGUCCGCGGUACUCGCUGGUUACCAUGGUGAAGCUGUCGGCCAAAUGCAUCCUGGCAGGAGAUGCGGCUGUAGGCAAGACUGCCCUGGCCCAGCUGUUCCGCAGUGAUGGGACCCAUUUCCAGAAGAACUACACCCUGACAGCAGGUGUGGAUUUGGUUGUGAAGACAGUGCUAAUUCCGUGCACCAACGACAGUGUGGAGCUUUUCAUUUUUGACUCAGCUGGCAAGGAGAUGUUUUCUGAAAUGCUGGAUAAAUUGUGGGAGAACCCCAAUGUCUUCUGUCUCGUCUAUGAUGUGACCAAUGAGCAGUCCUUCAACGGUUGCAGCAAGUGGCUGGAGAAGGUUCGGGCCCAAGCUCCAGGGGUCUUCGUCCCAGGUGUUUUAGUGGGAACUAAGACGGACCUAGCUGGGAGGCGAGCAGUGGACUCAGCUCAGGCCCAGGCGUGGGCGCUGGGCCAAGGCCUGGAAUAUUUUGAGACGUCUGUGGGUCUGUCGCUGAACCUCCCAGCACUGCGAUUAUGAGCACACACCACCGUGCCCAGCAUUUUAUGUGGGUUCUGGGGUUGCACUCAGGUCUUCUGUUUGCAGGGCAAGCACUUUACUGUUCAUUGACUGAGCUGUCUCCCCAGCCCUGGAGCUGUGAGUUCUUGUUGGGACCCAGCACCAUCUCUGGGGCAUGAAAACCUAAGAUACUCCCCCUUGGCCCAGGUCCCUCAGUGGAAGCCUCUUUCUGCUGCCUGGUCAUCUGUUACGGAGGGAUGUGCCACACCUGACCCCAGGCCCUUCAUUGCUAUGUUAGCCUCCACUUCCUUCCCACCCCCGGGAGUCAGGUUGGGCUCCCCGUCUAUGGCCAGGAUCUUCCAAGCAGCACACUGCUUGGUACUUGAACCUCCAUCAAAGCUAAGCGGGAAGAGACAUCAUCUUCAUAUUCUGCCACCACAUGGAACCCUAGUGGCAAGAAGGGUGACUCUAUAAAAACUGACCUCAGGGCUGGAGAGAUGGCUUAGCGGUUAAGUGCUUGCCUGUGAAGCCUGAGGACCCCGGUUCGAGGCUCAGUUCCCCAGGUCCCACGUUAGCCAGA